AUGGUGCCCGCGACCAUGACGGUGGAGGAGUUGAGGAAGGCGCAGCGGGCGGAGGGACCGGCGACGGUGCUCGCAAUCGGAACGGCGACGCCAGCCAACUGCGUGUACCAGGCAGACUACCCGGACUACUACUUCAGGAUCACCAAGAGCGAGCACCUCGCCAACCUCAAGGAAAAGUUCAAGAGGAUGUGUGAAAAGUCCCAGAUCAGGAAGAGGCACAUGCAUGUAACGGAGGAGAUCCUCCAGGAGAACCCUGGCAUGUGCGCCUACAUGGCGCCGUCUCUGGACGCGCGUCAGGACAUCGUCCUCGCGGAGGUCCCCAAGCUCGGCAAGGCGGCAGCACACAAGGCGAUUAAGGAGUGGGGCCAGCCGCUGUCCAAGAUCACCCACCUCAUCUUCUGCACCACCUCCGGUGUGGACAUGCCGGGCGCCGACUACCAGCUCACCAGGAUGCUUGGCCUCCGCCCGUCCGUGAAACGCUUCAUGAUGUACCAGCAGGGCUGCUUCGCCGGCGGCACGGUGCUCCGCCUCGCCAAGGACCUCGCCGAGAACAACCGCGGCGCGCGUGUGCUUGUGGUCUGUUCCGAGAUCACCGCAGUGACCUUCCGCGGCCCGGACGAGUCCCACCUCGACUCGCUGGUCGGCCAGGCGCUCUUCGCCGACGGUGCAGCCGCGGUGAUCAUCGGCGCUGACCCCGACGAGUCUGUUGAGCGUCCUCUCUUCCAACUGGUGUCGGCGAGCCAGACCAUUCUGCCGGACUCGGAGGGCGCCAUCGAAGGACACCUCCGGGAGGCUGGCCUCACCUUCCAUCUCCUCAAGGACGUACCCGGACUCAUCUCCAAGAACAUCGAGCGCGUCCUCGAAGACGCCUUCAAACCACUGGGCAUCGAUGAUUGGAACUCUAUCUUUUGGGUGGCACACCCUGGCGGGCCAGCGAUCCUUGACAUGGUUGAGGCCAAGGCAAACCUCAACAAGGAGAGGAUGCGCGCCACUAGGCAUGUCCUCUCUGAAUACGGCAACAUGUCAAGCGCCUGCGUGCUCUUCAUCCUGGAUGAGAUGCGUAAACGUUCUGCUGAGGAUGGCCACACCACAACAGGUGAGGGAAUGGACUGGGGCGUCCUCUUCGGCUUUGGCCCCGGUCUCACCGUGGAGACCGUCGUCCUCCACAGCGUCUCCAUCAAUGCCCAUACAAUCGCAUGA